UUAUUAGUCUUCUAUAAUAUUAUAUUUGAUUAUUCAAGGAAAGUAAUAAGAAUAGCGGCAUAGUAAUAUGUAUCAGUAUUCUCGUAGUAUGAACAAUUAAUUACGAUCUUAUUCGUGAUAUCGUAUCAUCCGAUCAAUGAUUUAAACACGAAAUGGCAUCAAGAAUAGCUGGUAAAUUUCGAGAAAUUAUCUCAGAAGUUACGGGUGAUUCACGAUCAGAUUACUUAAACUCGUUGCGAGAUGAACACAAAGAUGAACUGCUGCAAGGACGAAAAGCUUAUGCAAUUGACAAUGGUGGGAACGACAUUACCUUGUUCGUACCUUGGAAACUACACCGACCUGUGGAUGUUUUAUUCAAUUCCAUUGCCGUCGAUAGUCGAGUCACGCCGUCAGCCUUCAAGAAACUGAUAGAUGAUGCCAACUUGUUUCCAAAGUAUACAAAUGCACGUAAAAAGGAUGAUAUUGUCGACUAUAUAAUAUCCAGAGUAGAAACCUCAGAGUCACUCGGGUUUGAAGAAUUUCUACAUGGACUAUUUCUCAUUGCCAAAUACCGAGCUUCAGUUCUUAGAGUCACUGAACAGUGCGCAUUCAACCACAUGCUCACUAUAUUAGUUAACCACAGUAAUCGCAUAGUGCAACAACAGGAAAGUGAGAAACAAGUUCAAAGAAAUUCGAGCAUUCCUGAAAGCUUAGAUGGAAAAUCAAAUAGCACAUCUGCAUCUCACGAUGGUGGUGUCGAAAGUUUAUCCCACUCGGAAAGUGGAAAAGUGGCUACAUCCCCCGUAAACUCAGUAAAGACGGAAGAUACUCCUCAGAAGAGCCCAUCACAAACAAUUUUAGAUGAUGAAAUGGAUAAGGAUGCUGAUACAGAGCAAAACGAAGAUGCUAAAACUGUUCAAGAAACGGUAUUCAUAGAAGCGGCAAAGGUCAGCCGAGUAUCAGUGGGAACUGAAACACCAUUCGAACGCGAAGAAGUCGACGACAGGAUAUUUCGUAGGGCAGAGGAUAAAAUGAAUGAAACAUGCGAACUUUUAAAAAAUGAGUUGCUAUCUAUGCGUGAACAAUUAGAUGACUACAAAAUACAAGAAAGACACAGGCAAGAAUUAUUGCACAAAGUAUCAGUAUUGGAAACGGGUAAAGAAAAAAUGGAAAAACUUAUGGCCAAAAAAGAUGCCUCGGCAAAGGAGAUGGAAGAAAAACUCAAUGCAACUAUCAAAGAUCUGAGUGAAGAGCUAGAGACCAUUAAAGAAACAGCUGGGCAAUUAGAAGCCCAACUGGAGAAAGCAAAUGAACAACUGAAAACAGAAGAGGACUUUCGUACCCACCAGCAGCAAGUCCAAACACUUAUAGCGCUACAGAAUGAUUAUGAAACGACACUAUUCUCUGCAUUCAUAACCUAUAGGGACGAGGAAUUGCAGGGUGGUGAAUUUGUAAUGUCUGAGGAUAAUUGCAUAGCAUUCUGCUUGGAUUUCGGCUUGGAUGAAUUGCAAUUACCGGUGGGAUCUAGCUCAGAUCCACCUGCUAAAUUAGCCUUUAAAGAAGUAACGAAACGAACGUCUACUGGGAAACUUACAUACGCAUUAUUCAAGGAAUUCCUUUUGCGUUUAGCAGAGAUAGUGGACCCACAGUCCACUCAAAAGAGAGCUUUCCAGCUACUGGUGUUGAACACAAUUUGCAGGAGGAUGGAACGGGAUCAUAGAGGAGCUAACUUUCCAGGAGGGCAACACCUAAUAUCGGCUGACGAAUUUGGGCUAACGCCAUUCGAUCUACACAGAGAACAUCACAUGGAUGCCCCGGGAAACCAUAUGGACGAUAGUUACGGUCCUACGAAAUAUGUUGAUGUAGAGGGUAAAAUGUGGUUCGAAGAUGAGGAAGAGAAGACAAUGCCACAACCAAACAAUGACGAUAACGAAACGCCACGUUUUAGUAGAGAAUAAAACAUUAUUUGUAAAUUAAUUUCUA